UUCAUCUUUUUUCUUUCUGUCUUUUCUCCAUCCUCAUUUUUUCACUUCAAUGUAAAACUUUAACAUAAGACUAACGUAUAGUUGAAGGCAUGUCUAAAAAAACCGCGUUAUGAUAACAUAGACAUAACAGGAUUAACGUGGCAUCACAUAUACACUUACAAAAUAGCUGUAUGGUUGACAUUUACUCACAGUUGACUUUAAUAAUAGACACAAAUGUCAAGGUUAUGAUAAGUUCAUUAUUCAUUAAUAUUAAGUUCUAUUACUCAAAGGCAUUUAUUCACUUUUAUGCUUCCUUAAAAAUACAUUAAAACCAUAGAUAAGGUUUUUUUUGUUUUUUUCGUAGAUUAUUAGAAAUUUAUGUGGUAGUUCAUGGCUCUUUCUCAUGUACUUCCUCUGCUUAUUCUUCACUACUCAUUUUUGGUUGCAUUGGUAUCUGGAUGGAAAACAUUGCAAGGAUCUCCACCAUUGGUAAUAGCACGCGGCGGUUUUUCGGGGAUAUUUCCAGAUUCAAGUUCACCUUCCUAUAACUUAGCACUAAAAACAAGUUCCCUAAAUGUCACUCUAUGGUGUGAUGUUCAACUGACAAAGGAUGGAGUUGGAAUUUGUUUUCCAGACUUCAAGCUUGACAACGCUACUGACAUUUCAGUUGUUUAUCCGGGCAAAGCCAAGGAUUACUCGGUUAAUAACUUUUCGACCCGAGGAUGGUUUUCUGCGGAUUACAACUUCAAUGAAUUAGCAAAUGUUUCCCUGGUUCAGGGAGUGUAUUCGCGAACUAAUAAGUUUGAUGGAAGUAAAUAUCACAUUCUCAAAGUUGAAGAUGUAGCUAAAUUAGUAAAAUCACCGUCAACAGGCUUAUGGUUAAAUGUUCAGCAUGAUACAUUCUACAAGCAUCACAAUUUGAGUGUAAAGAAAUUUCUUCUAUCUCUUUCUACUAAAGGAGUGUCUAUCAAUUACAUCUCAUCAACGAACGUGGAUUUUCUAAGACGAGUAAGAUCAAAUUCUAGUCUUAGAAAAUCCAUCUUGAUCUUCAGGUUUCUAGAGAAGCAUAAGAUUGAACCUACAACCAACCAAACUUAUGGUGCACUUCUGAAAAACCUCACAUUGAUAAGGAAAUUUGCUUCAGGAAUUCUUGUUCCUAAAGGCUAUAUAUGGCCUGUAGACUCAGAACUUUAUCUACAGCAACAUACUUCAAUUGUCUCAGAUGCUCAUAAAAAAGGGCUAAAAGUUUUUGUUUCAGAAAUUGUUAAUGAUGUUUCAUUCAGCUACAAUUUCAGUUAUGAUCCUAUGGCUGAGUGCUUGUCUUUCAUUGACAAUGGUAACUUUUCUGUUGAUGGUGUGUUGUCUGAUUUCCCAGUAACUCCAUCUGCAGCCAUAAAUUGCCUUUCUGGUCUAGGAAAAAAGGCCAAAAAACAAGUGGAGACUUUGGUUAUCACAAAAUAUGGAGCAAGUGGAGACUAUCCAGCUUGUACUGAUCUUGCAUAUAAGAAAGCUAAAUCAGAUGGAGCAGAUGUACUUGAUUGUCCUGUUCAAAUGUCCAAGGAUGGAAUACCCUUUUGCUUAAGCUCUAUAGAUCUUUCAAUGAGCACAACAGUUGCUAAUACAAAAUUCAGAAACCAUACAGCCACUAUUCCAGAGAUUAAAAAUGGCAGUGGCAUAUAUACAUUUAGCUUGACAUGGAAUGAAAUAAAAACAUUGACUCCCUCAAUAUUGAAACCUUAUGAGAAAUACCUAUUGUUCAGGAAUCCAAAAUUCAAAAAUCAAGGGAAUUUUGUAACCUUGUCUGAGUUUUUGUCUUUGGCUAAAGGCUCUGGCAUCUUGAUCAGCAUAGAGAAUGCAGCCUACCUCGCCGAGAAGCGAGGAUUAAGUGUGACCAAUGCAGUCCUUAACACUCUAAAAAAAGCAGGUUAUGAUAAACCAAAAUCUCCAAAAGUUAUGAUUCAAUCAACUCACAGCUCAGUACUAAAGAUAUUCAAGAAUAAAUCAAAAUAUGAAAGGGUUUACAAAGUUGACGAAAAUAUUCAUGACGCUGAUGACAAAGCUGUUGAAGACAUAAAAACAUUUGCUGAUUCUGUUGUAAUACAAAAGGCAUCAGUUUUUCCUCAAAGUGAAGCUUUUCUAGUUAACUCUACAAAUACUGUAGAAAGGUUUCAAUCAUUUAAGCUAUCAGUUUAUGUAGAAACUUUCAGCAAUGAAUUUGUAUCUCAAGCAUGGGAUUAUUACUCAGAUGCAUUUGUUGAGAUCAACUCAUUUGUCAUUGGUGCCAAGGUUAAUGGCAUUAUUACUGACUUUCCAAAGACUGCUGCAAGAUACACGAAGAACAAGUGUUUAAAGCAUCGGAACAAAGCACCUUAUACGAGGCCUAUUGAACCUGGAAAACUUUUAAAACAAAUUACACAAUUAUACCUUCCAGCACCUGUCCCUCCACUCCCAAUCUUAAAUGAUAACAAUGUGACAGAGCCACCUUUGCCAAGUGUUUCUAGAUAAACUUCCAGUUCUCAGUAUAAGCAAAGCAUAAUAUGAAAUACAAUGAUUUCUGUCAACUGAGAUGUAUUUUAUCAUUCAACAUUACAUUUAUUAUUAUUAUGAUUGUCUAUUGUAAGAUGUGAUUAUUCAAAUAGCUUUGUUUCAUUACAAUUAAAAUUCCUUUGGAUUGCGGAGAUAAAGUUUUUCUUGCCUCUA